CCCUCGGCGCCCAGAAUGUGGUCUCAAAUUUUCGCACGAUUUUAAAGAACUCACAGUUUCCGAUUUCCUCUACCUGGCUAGCUCAGUCUGCAACGUAUACAGAACAGAUAAAACGCAUAAUUAUCUCCUGCAUCAGCUCCAGUUGCCUGGAUCCUCAUGGGAACAAUGAAUGGCGGAAUCUCAUGCUGGGGAUGAAGACCGCUCAACAAAUUAUUUCUGAACGUUUGAGAGAUAUGAAUUCGUUCAUCACAGCCAAGCUGGCGUCCAAAAUCGCAAUCUCCGACGUACUGCGAGAUGCCGGUGAUGUUAAACAUUUUGUUUUUGUGGAUCGCCAGGCAGAAUUUUGUCUGUCACCAUCACUAGCGGAAAGCAGCCGUAGUAUGAUUUUGAAUGACAUCAAUUUAAUUUUGGAUCUCAUUCCAACGCGAACAAGAUCGCUGCAACAACCAAUCAUAGUGGAAAAUCAUGGACGAGUGUGUGCGUACAGUCAAUUUGACGCAAUCAAAACAAGCCAACCAGCACCAGCAAGCACGAAAACCGCUCACCGCUACGAACUGUUCACGUGGCAUGACCCCUCCACUUCCGGCAACCGCAUACGCAACCUGCAGCAACGACUCAUCGACCGGCUCACUCAACUGACCACAACAACAUCCGCCCGACCGCGAAAACAGCAAUCUUUGAUAACACGCUUGUUAUAUUGAUAAUGACGUGUAUCUUGAGCUGAUUUUGACAUUUAUUUAUUUAAUUUGGCAUGUAUACUACGCGUUCCGAAAUAAUUGCUCUCAAGUCAAAAUGUUCUGCAAUUCUUAAAAUUCAAAUUAAUUGAGGCAAGUAUAAAAAAAUUUUUGCAGCCUUUUUUCAGAAUGUGUUUCG